AGCGAGAGAUGGCGCAGUUAGCGGAACGGCGAUUGGUGUAUGAGCAACAGUACCACCACGAUUUGGAGCUCUACCAAUCAGAACGACGGACAAAAAUAGAAUCAGCCAACCAAAUACGGCCCGUCACCAGUCCACCAAACAGCCAACCGCAGGCUAUAAAUAGCACAGAGCACAGUGACCCGAGGCAUCAAGCCACUUCACUCACACCCACGAAUGACCGAGCGAUCUCAUUGGACGAUGCGAACACUCGCAGGCAUGCAAAGCCCACCGAAGAUCUGAGGGACGUUUUUAUCGAUGAUCUGAUUGGUGGAGAGGAUGAGCUGGAGGACUUUUACGCGGACUGAAAGCCGAAUAGACGUGUGCGUUUAGUUGGUAUUUUUAGUUUGAUUGCCGGUCCACUUGCUUGAGACUCGUGGUAGAUUGCAUCUCCUGUAUGAGAGGUGGAUGGGAGCCGCAGCGUGACAGCUACACACCACCCUUUUCAACCAAGGGUUCUUCUAUUGGCGGAUAGAUAAAAUUAGUUUAUCGUGAUCUGUCCGGCUUUCGUACCGAGUGACUGUGUUGCGUUAUUAGCAUCCUGAAUCGCAAAUCUCGCCCGUACGCUCCAUGGGGAGUACUCGCACGGUACUACCGGGGCCCCCAACGGUACCCUGUCGCUAUGGCCCGAUGAAGAUCAGCUCUGCCUGGGCAGUACUCUGUGUGUAUGAGAGGUGUACGCGUUAAAUCGACAAUUAACUUUAGACUCGACUGAGGCCUGCCUGUUUACGGUGGUGCAUGUGUCCGGCACUCUGAUGUGAUGGUAUUUAGCCUAUUCGGCAUGCAUCUGUAAGGGUUUUGGGUAUUGCAUCGUAUAAACGGACAUAAAUAUUGGAACUGUGUAUAAUAACAAUUUUCAAACAGGACGCAACCGGACAUAUAAUAUUGAAACGAUAUAUAAUAACGGUGGGGUAAAUCUCGUAAACGGGAAAUAUAAAAUUUGGAACUAUAUAUAUUAACAGUGGGGUGAAUUUUAUAUACGGGAAUAAAUUUUGGGACUGCAUUUAAUAACAAUACGCAUAACAUACGCUACAG